AUACACCUCUAUACCCAAGCACUUAAACUCAGCGAGCGGUGUGCAUGCAAUCACGUGGGGCCUGCAAGGCUCUAGCACUCGGUAUCGCUGACCUAAUUGGCUUCCCUGCGCAGUUUAGACGAUUCUCAUUGGUUGGCGGGCUACUUUCACGUGAACAGCUGAGUGGGUUGGAACGCCGGCUUCUUUAACAAUGAGAGAGCUCUAUGUAGUGCUAGUGGGUUCUGCAGCUGGCGUUGAGUCGAUUCGCGGUACUUUGCUGCCGGUAUGAGAGAGCCCACUGACAGUGCUGCGUCCCGGAAGCCCUGCUUCGGUUUCACCUGCCAGGCUCUUUGAAUGCGUUACCUGUAUAAGUAGACAACGGGCUCCCGUGGCACUAUUUCUAUUUCCACUCUGUCUUUGCUUCUGGGGAUUUGUAUUCUACAUCAGCAACUCAACAUUCAGGAGUUUUAAAUGCCCUGGAUUUCGUCACAUAUGAACUCCUCCAGUGUUCUGGACUUUUUUCCUCAUAAGACAAUGGCGGUAGACAUCGCCAUGAAGUUUUACUUGCGUUCCCCGCCAUUGAGACGAGACCGUGUUGAAUGCAGGAUUGCCCGAAAGUCUAAUGAACCCUUGAGACCGUGCAUUCAGACAACUAAUAAAACAUUGCUGAGUGAACUGAGCAACCAAGAAAAUAAAGUUAAGAAGCGGGUUUCAUUUGCAGACAGUCGAGGCCUUGCACUUACCAUGGUGAAAGUAUAUUCUGAUUUUGAUGAUGAACUGGAAAUUCCUUUUAAUAUAUCAGAAUUAAUUGAUAACAUAGUCAACCUGACAACUGUGGAGAAGGAACGCUUUUUCUUGGACUUUGUGCAACCUUCUGCUGAUUACUUGGACUUCAGAAACCGAUUGCAAGCAGAAAGUGUGUGUCUAGAAAACUGCAUGCUCAAAGACAAAGCUCUUGUUGGUACUGUAAAGGUUAAGAAUCUUGCCUUCCAAAAGUCUGUGAAGAUAAGAAUGACCUGUGAUAGUUGGCAAACUUACAAAGACUAUGACUGUCUGUAUGUUAAGGACACAUACGCUGGUUCAGAUAAAGACACUUUCUCAUUUGAUGUCAGCUUGCCAGAGGGUAUCCAAUCCAGUGCAAGCAUAGAAUUUGCUGUGUGUUUUGAAUGCGAAGGAAGAAUUUUUUGGGAUAGUAAUAAAGGUUUAAACUACAGAAUUGUUAGACAGGAUCAUAGGAUUCCCUCUGACUUUGAAAGUCGGCAUUAUGAUCCUGUAUGCUUGUCUGUUGAUCAGUAUGGGAGUCCUAGGUGCUCUUAUGGCAUUUUCCCAGAAUUACAGACCUACUCUGGAUUUGAUAAACUAGGGCCUUAUUAUUAAAAAUUGCAUUAAUAAAGAAAAUUAUUGGAGGAGACCGCCAAAAGUUUGUGGUGGUGCCAAUCCUAAUAAGGUAAAGUUGGGAUUUGAUGUAAAAUAUGUCCUUGUUGGGACUGGUAAUGCACAAUGAACUGAGAACCUAUACUAGGUUAUAAUGCUGUCUUGUAUCUAGCUUUCCUUUUUAAGGGAUGCGUUUGGUGUCCUAAUACUUAAAUCCAAAGUAGCACCUUGCACCAAAGUAAUGAUGUGGUGAUGCCAGGAAAAGUGAUAACCUACAGUGCUGCUAGCCUUUUCCUUCCUAUUGCUGCUACCAAUCCACUGUUACUUUAAUAGUAUUGUCUUCCUCUGUGUUGCAGUUGGAAGCAUUUUCAUGUUCCUAGGAUUUGAGAGAUUUAUGCCACAUUUGACCACACCAAAACGCUAUCCACGUCUCUUGUUUUUAAAAUGUUUCGCUCUUCUCAGGUGAACGGAUGUGAUGGGCGUCAUGGUGUAAAUGUUUUUUGAAUUUUUAUUUCACUGCUUCACGUGCACAAAUUUUUGUACCAGUUGAGUAUCCACUGGCAUGCCUCUUUAGAUUUGGUACUGUACUGCAGCAAUGUUAUAAGUAUUAAGUGUCUUGAUAUAUAAAGGGCUGCACUCUAACCAGAAGGUCUUAAUGUUGUCCAGAAGUGCAUGUCCUGACCACCUCUAGAAAGCUAAAUGCAAAUAUUUCCUAUUCUUUCUGUCAUUUGAUCUCUGUGCCUUCAAGGAUUUUUCUCCUCGUCGGAUGGGUUUUAAUCUUUGCAUUUUGUUGGGUUCUUUAGUAGAAGUCUGCACUCUCUCCCCCCUCCCCCCUUCCUUUUUCCCUACACAAAGAAACAAAUGCAGGUGUCCUUCCUCCCUCUGAUUUCCCCCUCCCCUCCAAAUGCAAUUGCCCCUUAUGUUCCUUUGGUUUCCUCUGGUGCUUUAAUCAUAUAAAUGGGUUUGUGUGUUUAUCAAAACCCAGUUUCAGAAGUACAAGGGAAUCUACCGAUGGAAUUGGCUACUAAAGCCAUGAUAUGUUGUAUAAUUGUGACCAUAGUAAUUUCUUUCUGAAACUGAAGCAUUCUAACUUUGGUCCCUGUUGUGAGUUAAUGUGCACCCUUUAUGGAAAAGAUAGCCAGACUGUUUUUUUACAUAAAUGUUCAGGUUGGAUUCUUGCUUUCAGAUAUAUCUUCUACAAUUGUUCUAUAUGGAACUGUGUGGUUUGCCAUAGGGCAUGACAUUUGUGCACUUUAAACCAUAUUGUCAUGUCUGUGUCAUAAACAGCAAUGGCAUUUUAUCUAAAUUACGUAAAACUUUGGGUUUACUGGUAAACAAAAAUAAGUUCCAUUAUGAACUUAUUCUAAAAGGAUAGGGUUAAGAUAUGCAUUCAUAAUUGGGAUGUUUCCAGCACUGCUGUGUGUGGUGCAUUAUAUUUCUCCAUGACUCUUUUGGCACAUGUGAAUUGCCAUGGAACAGAACCAGCUGUGGUUGUUUUAAUGAAUAUCUUGAUCUGCAAAUGAAAAUAUUGAUAAGUCUUCACUACUGACCAAGAAUGUAGAAUCUAGACUGUUAGAAUCAGAAAAGACUGAUUCAUUACCUGUUCCCAAACUAUGCAUUUCUGUGAAUGUAUAGAGAAAAUGUCUUUCUAUCCCUUUCCUUAUUUUGUGCCUAGAAGUGCCUUGUUUAAAUGUCGUUUUUUGUUUUUGCAUGUUUGCAUUUUUAAGACAUAUACAUUUUGUACACAAGUGUUGUAAUAUUGAUGCACUUUAUAAUCACAAGUGUGAACAUUUCAAAAUUUUUUUUUUUUUGUUUUUUUUUUUUUAGAAAUAUUUUAAAGUGAAAUGUAAUAAAGGUAGAGCAUUUAACAUGAA